AUGAAGCAUUCCCAAGCCCCACGACAUGACUUGGAGUCAUCUGUCGAGUACAUGAACGAUGGCUAUUCAAUGGAGAGUCCAACGGACUGGCCUGGGCCUCUGGAUAUGAAUGACUUCGUUCCAAGACGACGAAACUUACAUAUCAAAGGAUUGGGAACAUCUUCGUUGCCACGUCUUCGAGUCGUCCAGUUUCGAAGGAAGCUGCGGAGAAUCUUCUGCCUGCUAAUUAUUAGCUAUCUCUCCAUGACUGGCCUGUUCCAUAUUCUAGGAAAUACCUUGCAUCAUUACCUUCCGGACGAAAUGGAUCUGAUCGUUCACCCGUGGAUCGACUCCGCAGCGGCAACAAUUGGCAUCGGACACUGGUUAUCCGACUCCACAGUGACCACACAACCUGUGAGUUGCCAUUCACAUAACGACUAUUUGAGGAAUGUGCCACUUUUGGACGCCAUUUCUGCAGGUUGCCCGAGUGUCGAAGCUGAUGUAUGGAAGGAGGAGGAUGACUUGUACGUGGCUCAUCGUCAUUUCCAACUACAGGUCAACCAUACCCUGGAAAGUAUGUAUCUCAAUCCAUUACUCGAAAUUUUCGACCGUCAAAGAGACAUAUUCUCAUGUGGACGAGAGAUGCCUUGCCAUUCCCCUUCGACUGCUAAUGAGCCUCCUGCUGGAGUUUUCGAGUCUGAUCCGGACCGGCCGCUGGUGGUCCUCAUCGAUUUCAAAACAGAAGGAAACGCAACCUGGGAGAAGCUUCAGAGACAACUCGAGCCACUGCGACGCAGAAAUCUGCUCACGCAUUUUAACGGUACAGACAUUGUACCUGGCCCCGUGGUCAUUGUCGGCACAGGAAAUACCCCAUUCGACAAGAUAGCAGCAAAUGCCACCUACCGUGAUGUAUUUUAUGAUGCACCAUUGGAGUUGUUGGCUGAUGCGUCUCAAAUUUGGCCAAAUCCAAACAGAGCUCAAGCUGCAAGCUCUCAACAACCGGAUAAUUGCAUCGAGCAAGGUGUCUUGCCGAGCAGCAUUGAACGAAGGCAAGUCAGCCGAUACAAUGGGGAAAAGAGCAAAUUCUCAAACCAGUACAACUCUCAUAAUAGCUACUAUGCUUCUGCUCAUUUCAAAAAAGCAGUUGGGCAUGUUUGGGGCUCGCGAUUGUCGCAAGAGCAAUUACAACGCAUUCGGGCCCAGAUCCAUGGUGCUCAUCGAUUGGGUCUCAAGGCCAGGUAUUUUAGUGUGCCAGCUUGGCCUAUUGGGCUGAGAAAUCAUAUUUGGCAUAUUCUGACACGGGAGGGCGUGGAUGUUCUCAGUGUUGAUGACCUGCGGCAGGCAACUACGUGGGAUUGGAGGAAGAAGAAGGGUCUGUUUUUUUAG